AUGUUGUUCCAAGAUGAAUCAUCAUAUGCCAAUCCAGGAAUCUAUCGCCAGUCACUGGAAGAAAUCAUGUACACUCCAAUUAGAAAAGUCGAGAAGAAGCAGUUCCACGACGAGACGUUGUCCAGUGCCAAACGAGUAACAACGCUAUUGCAAAAGUUUGAAAGCGGCAAGCUUGAUUUGUCAAUUGAUACCGAGGAAAUUAAAGAUGUGAAACAUCACGAAGACGACAUUCUCGAUGGACCAGUUUAUCCGAUUUUAUUCACACCAACUCCAAAACCAAGAACGAUUCGAAGAGGAUUGAGGCCAAAAGAGGCAACGGAAUAUCAUGACGAUAAGUUAGUCACCGAGAAGAAGAAGGAGUGUCCCGUGAUCGUGGAAACACCAAUUUUGCGUACAAUCAACCGCCAGUUCUCUGGAGUCAGCUUCAUCGAAACACCGUUCAAGCUAUCAAGAAUCAACCUGGAGGGAAGCGCAAAACGUCAAGAACCGUAUGAAUCUAGACAGAAAACAAAGUCAACGGAAGUUGAAGACCAUACUUUGGUCACCAAGCAGGAAAAAGAGAGUCCAGUGCUUGUGGAAACGCCAAUUUUGCGCACGCUCAAUCGCCAAUUCUCUGGAGCCAGCUACAUCGAGACACGAUACAAGCUAUCAAGGAGCAACUUGGAGAAAUCCACAGAACUACUGGAGCAGUAUGGAUCAAGACAGACAUCAAAGUCUACUGGUUCUUCAUCAGGAUCCUCAGAAGCGUCGUCUUCCGAUUCUAAUGAUAACAGAAACGAUGUGAACACUGAAACAGCCUCCGAUAGCUUUAACACGGCAAAUCGCUUCUACUUCUCCAAGUUCGCUAGAGCCCAAGUUCACCACAAAUUCGAAAUGUAUUUCAAAUGGGACUCUGAGACGCUUCGUUCAUGUGCAGUCACCGUGUCAAAACUACGUUUUGAGAUUUUGCAAAAGAUCCCGCAGUGCGAGAAGGAUGAACGUGUUAUUCGAAUGAUGAAAAUCUACAAAAAAUGCAGUGAAGGAGUUAAUAAAGAGAUGGACACUCUCUGCUGUGCCCUAUUUGACCUUCUCGAUGACGUCAAUGAUAAACGGCUUUCGAUUCAUGAGGAAUAUGUUGUAGAGAAAUAUAACAAAAAGAUCGCGAGUUUUGGAUCCAGAUAA